AUGUUCAGGAGGGCAGCUUGGAGGAACACUGCCAGUGAUGCAGUGAGUUUACAUCAGGACGAAGCUCUCAGCACGACCAUGUUACUCCUGAAGUCCUACGGACCGACAGGAUUCCUGCUCAGAGAGGAAGGAGAGGCCAGAAACUUGAAGGUGUUCCUGGGCGACCCGCAUACAUGCACCUGCCCCGGGUUCACCAAAGAGCAGGAGCCAUGCAAACACAUCUGCUGGGUUUUACUGCGGAAAUUCAGACUCCCCAGAGAACACGAGUACUCAUUUCAGCUUGGACUAAUAGAGAGGCAGAUCUCAGAGCUGCUCCAUGGCUUACACCAAACCAAAGCCCAACGGACAGAGUUGAAUUCGUCUGCCGCCUCCGGGACCCCGAACCAACCGGACCAGGAGGCCAGAAGCGUUUGCCGGAAAGCGAUCGACGCCCAGGAUGUUUGUCCGAUCUGCCAGGAGGAGCUGCUGGAGAGAAAACAGCCCGUCACGUACUGCAGGUUCGGUUGCGGCAACAACGUCCACAUCUCCUGCAUGAAGGUGUGGGCAGACCACCAGACGCCGUCGCAGCAGGAGGAGUGGGUGAAGUGUCCUCUGUGCAGGGAGCGCUUCAGCUCUCUGAAGUUACUCCAGCAGCAGCUGAAAAACACAGCGAAGCUCUUCACGGCUGCUGAAAGAGAGAAACCAGACAGACACCUGGGAGUCGUGUGUCACAGCUGCAGAAUCUGCCCCAUCAGUGGAAAAUGUUUCAAAUGCACAGUCUGCAGGUAUUUCUAUCUGUGUGAGGACUGUGAAGGGAAGCGCUGCCACCCACAGCAUCCGUUUGCUUCACGGACGAAAAGAAGAGCGAAGUGGAGCCUGGUGACGGAGGAGCUGAGUGGUGAAGCGAAGGCAGCGACCUCUGAGCCAGAAAAUGACAGUCUUGUUCCAGAGGCUGCAGACCCUUCACCAGACGUUGUGCUGAAGUGUUUGCCAACAGUCAGGCUGAGGUCAGGGUCCCGGCUCCUGAGCGAGGGGCAGCAGUGUCGGAUCUGUCUGCAGAGUUUCAUGCUGGGUCAGCAUGUCCGAACUCUGCCCUGCCAUCACCAGUUCCACAUGGACUGUGUGGACCAAAUCCUGAGGAAAUCAAACUCCUGCCCGGUGGAUGGAUAUGUCAUUUAUAAUCCUUUGACCUGGAGAAGCAGCAAGACGAAGACCUCCCUGACGUCGGCCUCCUGCCUUUCCAGUGACUCUGCCAAGCAACCAGAAAAUAGCUUAAAGGACCUGAACCAGACCGCAAAGCUGCUGUGA